AUGGUUCAAACAAGAAACGCGGAUAGGUCCGCGCAGAACGAGGCGAGCCAAGAAAAGACGAUUGAGCAACCGACCCAGGAUACUGGCGAAUCGCCUGUCGCAACUUGCGGAACAGAUGCCAGCAACCCACCAGAUGAGAAAAAGGAUGACAGCGCAUCCAAAGCACGCGAGCGAAUGGAUAGAUUCAAAGCCCUGAAGGCCCGAGCUAAAACUGCAACCGAACGCAACUUGAAAGAGACCGUAGCCGAGUCUCAGCGUCUAACCGCUGAUCCGGCCCUGCUCAAUACAUUGUCCCGCAAGCAUGCAUUCGCCUCACACAACCUCCUCAAGGCAGACACAGAAGCUGCGGGAGAAGAUUUCGAACGCAAGCGCGCAUGGGACUGGACAGUCGAGGAAUCCGAGAAAUGGGAUAGGCGCAUGGAGAAGAAGCAGCGUCAUCGAGAUGAUGUGGCUUUCAAGGAUUACACUCAGGAUGCCCGAAAGGUGUACAAGAGACAGUUGAGGGAAUUGGCACCGGAUUUGGAGGCCUACGAGAAGGAAAAGCUCGCUGCGAUCGAGAAGGCAGCCGCAAAUGGUGAUCUCGAGAUUGUGGAGACGGAAGACGGUGAAAUGAUUGCAGUCGACAAGAACGGUAGCUUCUACUCUACUGCGGACUCGACUGGUUUCACGGAAAGCAAACCAGAUCGUGCUGCUGUGGACAGGCUGGUCAACGACAUCCACAAGGCAGAGGAGGUGCGCCUGAAGAAACGCAAGGAGCGUCGUGGUGGUGAUGAUGAUGGCGAUGUGACAUACAUCAACGAGAAGAACAGGCAGUUCAACCAGAAACUGGCGCGCUUCUACAACAAGUACACCACCGAAAUUCGGGACAGCUUUGAACGUGGCACUAUGAUUUAA